AUGGCGUCUUUUACAGUAGUCUCCAAUUACCUGGCCCGGCGUGGAGACGAGCAGCCAGACCAGCCUGAUGCCCCAUUUCCCGUCUUGGGAUUCAGCACCUUCGUGAUCACGCUGAUCGCCUUUUUCGUGGCUAGUGGAUGUAUCGACUACGUCUACGGCAAAGUCGUCGCGACCCUGGCCGCCGUUGAAGACCCGAACCCCGACGUCUACGUGCGCAUCGAGAACGACCGCGAUGUCGAGAACCCCAUCAAUGACGCCGACCUACCUCCCCCCAAGCCCAUCACCAGCUCGCUCCGAAGCACCCUAGCCCAUCUCAAGUCCCGUGCUGGCCGUCUGUCGCGAUUCCGGGGCAUCCGGCUGUACCUGUUGAUUGUCAUCGCCGUCAAUCUGAUCGCCUCUCCCCUGGCUGCCAUCACCGGUAGCGGCCUGCUUGGCAAUGCCCUGGGCCAGUUUGUCGCUGAAAUCGUCGUGUCAAACCUCCGCGUCGGCUGGAUCCAUCUCGUCAUCUCGGAGCCCUCGACCAAGUCGCUGUGGUCUCGCAUUCCAGCCUGGCGCAAGACCACCAUGAAGAUUGCCCCGGCUGCCGCUAUUCGCGCUGUGGCCUCGCAACUGGCGACAUUUAUUCCUCUCCUCGUUGCGUCUGGCACUAGCCUGAUGGCUGACCCGACCAAUAUUGCCCCGACUGUGUUUGUUUCGGGCGGUCUGGGUCUGACUGCGCUCUACCUGGUCCUGUACGUGCUUGUUCAAAUGCCGGCCGAAGUCACUUUCAUCCGCGUUGCUGCGUCGAUGCUGCCCGAAGACGACGAGGCUAUUGUCCCCUUUGAUCGCUCAUUUGGCGGCAAAGUGACCCCCGAGAUUGUCGGUGGACAGGGAAAAAUAGGUAUUGUCGAUGCGUGGAGAUCCUUCAACUGGGGCUCGCGCAUGCGCUUCCUCAACGUCGUCGGCCGGGUCUUCCUCCUGCAGAUUGCCGUGUCGCUGGUCUUUGCUCUGGCCCUAAUCUCACAGGUGUUUAUCUUUUUCGGCGACCGUAUCCAGCAGUCUGGCUCGAUUGAAAUCACCAUGUAA